AUGUCUUCUCGUUCAGUUACCCCUUUAAGUGAUGUUCCUUUGUCUCGCCGUGUUAUGGUUACUAAUUCUAAAGGCAGAAUUAUUUCUGUUGUCUCAGAGAACUUUCUCGGUGGCAGUGCUUCUUCUCCUCCUUCUUCGGGUACUGAAUAUAUUCCUUCAUCUGAGCCUCCUGAAGAUGCCCAGUCUGAGGUUCCUUCUGAAGUUUCUACUAUAGAAGCUUCAUCAUUCUCUACCCAUGUUGCUCCUAGAGGUCGUAAGGAUAUCUUGUAUCCUUCAAGAUUGCCUGUUCCUUCCUCUACUCAUUUUUCUGGUCAUAUUCUAUGUCCUUCUUGCAUUGGUCGAUGGCAAGAAAUUAAUCAUCUUCGCAAGGUUAUAGAAUCAAAUACUUUUGGUUCUUCUUGUCAAGAAUGCCAGGUUCUUCGCCGGUCUCUUGAUCACAUAAAGACUAUUUCCAAAAGUUCUCUUGUCAAUCCCCCUAGUGAUCGUUCCUCAUCUAAUUAU